AUGGCAGCCAAGUCGCUGUCCCCCCCGUACAGCCAGAUCCCCCUCGGCUCGUCGGUCCCCGCUCUCACCAGCCAUGCCAUCUCCGUCUCCCUCCCCCUUUGGGAGGACAACAUCGCCUACGAGGAAGGCCACAAGCGCGUAGUGGAGAAGAUGGAGACUGGCUACCCUCGCUUCUUCAUUCACCGCUCCAUCCAAAAGCUCGCGGCCCUCUGCCUUGCCAAGUUUGGCCAGACUGACGAGUCAUGCAUGCUCUUCCCCUCGCCCCGCAUCGCUGCCGAGGCGCGCGACUUCCUCGCUGCCCAGACGCCGUCGAUCUCCUCGCGCACCGUCGAGUUUGUCAUCUGCCCCGGUGCCAACUCGCUCCCGACUGCCCGCACCUCGGUCACUGCUAUCGACUGCAUUGAGCUCCAGAUCCUCCUUUUCAACAAGGACAACUUCCCGUCCGCCAAGCAGUUCUGGCAGCACAGCGGCGACGGUAUCUCGUCGCGCAUGGCUGAGCGUGCCCUCGCCUUCCUCGGUGAGGCCCCCGCUGGCAUGAACAACGCGACCCCCGCACGCCCAGCCCUCUGCCGGCCCGCCGGCCCCUCGUCCGCCGCUGCUGCCAUCUCGUCUGGCUCGUCCACCCCUGGCCCCGGUAUCAGCGCUCCCGAGGAUCUCGCGUCCACCGACCUCUCGACGUACCUCGAAGAGCGUUACGGCCGCAACCUCCCCCUUUUCAACGCCCCGCUCGCCAAGCAGGCCCUCAAGCGUCGUAUCGCCGGUGGCCUCCUUCCCUCGGACGAGGAGUUUGUGGACGGCAAGGCAGGUGACAUUGCCCGUGGUAUUACCGAGGACAAUGUCUACCUCUACCCUGGCGGCAUGAGCGCAAUCUGGCACGCACACAAGGUUGCGCGACUUUCAAGGACUCUUCAUGGAGGAAAAGAAGGAAUCAGCGUUUGCUUUGGAUUCCCCUACACCGACACUCUCAAGAUUCUGAACAAGUGGGGCGAAGGAUGUACCUUUUACGGCAACGGCACAAACGCAGAGCUAGACGAGUUUGAGGCAUACCUCGAGACCCAGGACAAGUCAGCGCCCGUCCUUGCCCUCUUCUGCGAGUUCCCUUCGAACCCCUUGCUUCGUUGUUCGGACCUCGCUCGUCUGAGGAAGCUCGCCGACAAGCACGGCUUUGUGAUUGUGAUCGACGAGACUAUUGGCAACUUUAUCAACGUCGACGUCACGCCCUAUGCGGACAUUCUCGUAUCGUCCUUGACCAAGAUCUUCUCUGGCGACUCCAACGUCAUGGGCGGAUCCCUUAUCUUGAACCCCAACGGACCAAAGUACACCGAGCUCAAGGCGGCGAUCACCGUCGACUACGAGGACAUCUACUACCCCGAGGACGCCGUCUACAUGGAGCGCAACUCGCGCGACUACCGUGGCCGCAUCAAGCGUGUCAACGACAACGCGUUUGAUGUGACCGAGUACCUCCACUCCAGGUCGCUCAUGGAUGAGUCGUCGCCAGCCGAGGGCAAGGCCAUCAAGCGUAUCUACUACCCGCGCUACGAGACACCCGACCUUUACGCCGCCUGCCAGCGCCAGCCCACCACCGGCAAGGGAGGCUUUGGCGGUCUCUUCUCGGUCACGUUCACCUCGAUGGCCGCGUCUGUCGCAUUCUACGACACCUUGUCGUGCGCCAAGGGUCCUUCGCUUGGCACGUCGUUCACCCUCGCCUCGCCCUAUGCCAUUCUGGCCCACUACUACGAGCUUGACUGGGCUGCGGGCUACGGUGUCGAGGCCGGUCUCGUCCGUAUCUCUGUCGGCCAGGAGGAGGCUCCUGCCCUCAAGGCCAUGUUUGAGGCGUCGGUCAAGGCUGCCGAAGCUGCCGUUGCCAAGGAGGCCGCCGAGCCCAAGGCUUAG